AUGUCAGCCUCAGGGACCACUGCCCCUCUUACAGAUGAGGAAAGGGAAGAGCUCAGGCAACGACUGCAGCAGCGAAGGCAGGAAUUACAACGACAGCAGCAACAAGUGCGGCAGCUUCAAGGGAAGGCCUCAGACGCAGUCAGGGAGAGCGUCUUGGCUUAUGGGGGCCCUAACGCAGCCUCUGCAGGAGAGGAGGCGGAUGUGUCCCAAAGUGUGGCAUCUCUGCUGAACGAAGUCAUUGCUGCGGUUAAUGUAGAGCCGACACCAUCUCGCCAUGCGGAUGCUGCUAGGACCGGGGGAGCGUUGGAGGGCCAGGCGGCCUCCGCUAAAUCAGCUCCUGCCGUCUCUCCAAAACCCUUUACCAGACCUGGCACUGCUCUGGAUCACCGCGGGUUCGCAUUUAAAGUGGCGAAGCUGGAUGGUACAGAAACCGCAAUUCAGCCAAAGUCCGUAGAAACAUUUGACCGCGCAGUUCAGGCCUCCAUAGAAAGCACUCCGGAGGUCCCUGAAGGAAGCCAAGAUGAAGACUCAGAAAAAGGGCUAGCUGCGGCUAGGACACUUACGAAGGCCCUUACUAUUAAAGGCGCCAGUCCUUUAUUACCGGCUGCUGAAGUUGGAAAGACGCCGACAGCCGCAGAAAACCUCGCAGAGCCAGCUCCCAAGAUCUUUCAUCAGUUAUCUGAGGCUGAUGGUAAACGCGUGAUGGCAACGCCCGAGUUCAAAGAGUUUUUCAGUUCCUCCACUAAGCUUAUUGAAAGGAUGCUAGGAGAGGCCGAGGUCUUUAACCCAUUUGCUGACUACUCCGGGACAGAAGCAGGCGUUCAAGAAGGCUCAGUGGAGGUAGUAACAUUCCUUGAUCUCUACAAAGAUACACGGUACUCCCCUCACCGCGCAGUCACGGACUUGCGGGCAUCACCAACAUUUCCUGAGCUGUUUCUUGCGGCGUACGGAUCCCCCAGUUCCAAAUACGCAACCGAGCAGGACGCCGAGGGCUGCGUGUUGGUUUGGAGUUUGGCAAUGAAGCAGCGCCCGGAAUAUGCCUUUACCUGUCAGUCAGCCGUCUGCAGUGCCCUCUUCAACAAAUUCCAGCCUUAUGUUAUCGUUGGCGGCACUUACAGCGGAAGCAUAGUCACGUGGGACACGCGAGUGCAAUCUAAACCCGUUCAGAGGACGCCGUUGUCAUCUAAGGGUCACACCAGUCCGGUCUAUGCUUUAGAGAUGGUGGGCACGAAAAACGCUCAUAAUUUGGUGUCUGUGGACACAGACGGUCGACUGUGUCAAUGGUCUUUACAGAUGAUGGGGCAGCCGGCAGAAACGCUUGAUUUGAAGCGUGGCAGCCGUGACGUCUGCGUGGAAUGUGUCUCCUUUGCGGAGGCAGAAGUAAACGACUUGUGUCUAGGCUCUGAGGAUGGCUGUCUCAUGACGGCCAACAUCCACGGAAACAAGGCGGGCGUGAUGGAUGUGUAUGAGGCUCAUGGUGGUGCGCUUACAUCCCUUCACUUCCACCCUGGCAUGACAGAAGGCUCGAGAGACUAUUCACAUUUGCUCUUGUCGUCAUCAGUGGAUUGGUCCAUCAAGCUCUGGAGCAGCAAAAACCUGGCAGAGCCCCUAGGGUGUUUCGAGGGCAGCGAUGCUUAUGUAUACGAUGUAAAAUGGCACCCGACCAGUCCGGCUGUUUUUGCCAGCACGAACGGCAACGGCACCUUGGAGUUGUGGAACCUCGCAAACGAUUGGGCGACGCCAGCCUUUACGAGCCCGAAACCUGAUGUCCCCCUGGGGGCUCACUUAGCCAAGAACAAGGUGGCUUGGUCUGCAGAUGGAAGGCGCCUUGCCACCGGCGAUGCAAUGGGAAACAUAGAAAUGUGGAAUGUAUCACCCCAGGUAUACCAACCGCGUGCUGAGGACAGUGAGAAGUUUGACAGGCACAUAGAAGGGGCCAAACCGGUUCUCGAAGAGGACGUCUCUGGGGAGUCUCCUGGGCAGCUUGCUUUUGCUGACUAG